CAUCUGGAGUUUUUAAGGAAGGAACGUUAGCGAAUGCUACAUAGCAGUGGUACAUAUGUCACGUUUACUUAUAUAUAACUACGGACUGUAACACAGAAAAUCAACCUCGGUACAGUGCUCAGAAUUAUGCAUCAUCUGAUCAGUUCCGGUUCCUUUUAAACACUGCAUCCCGACCAAUCAUGAUCAAUCGCGAUACAUGUGAAAGUCGAACAUAUGGUGACUUAGAGGCUUAAAGCCACCCAUGUGUAGUAAUUUCAAAUGACGAUGCUCCAAUAGAAAAUGGUGCAUAAUCGAAGGAUCUUUUGCUAAAGAACAGUUUAGAGUAAAAUCAAUAAGAAAAGCUGCAUUCUUUAAGAGACAAGGGACAAUUAUCGAAGCGAGAGUGGAUUAAUACCAUAUCAUCUGAAAAGCUUAACACGGCUACAAAUUAGCAGUGAUGUUGGACGAUCUCGUGCUUUGUGGUUGUCAGUCAUCAUUUAGGGGGCAGCACGGGUUGAUUUCGCACUGUGUCGUGGAUUAAUUUUGCACCAUGUGCUUCACUUUUACUACACAGUGGUUGGUAAUUUAAGGCCCUGUCGUGUCUAUCCCUUGCAAUCAGAUUUGCUCAUCUGCCGUGUUGGACAUCUUCUAAUUUUAGAAAACGGGACAUUUUCUGUCAAAGGAUAUCAAUCGGAUACUGACAUUGAGGUUUCAAUGCAGAGAAGGGUGUAUAUGACAGAUCGGCGUAUAAUUCUGCCUUGAAGAAGAUGUCGUUUUUGCAACAUUCCAAUAAAGAGUCACCAUAAACCACUUCCGUAUUCAUCUACCUCAACAUUCCCCUUUUCCUUGAAAGGUACCAGUUUACAGAGUAUUAGUGUAUUGCUGUUUCAGCUGACAUUCCAUAGAAAGGCAAGAACGACCAAAAAAAGAACGUGGAAAGUGAUUUUAUUUUAGGUAUCCUUCGUAAAGGCAAAUUCGUUACUUUUCUCCGAAAAUAUAUACAUAUUUGAUUUAUCAUUGAGUAUCGGCAGGAAUGUCAUUAUUGUGUUUCUAUUUCCUGGGUCACUGAGAAGCGCCGUCUGGUGUUCUUGCGAGGGUUAUGAAAAAUGACGGAAUGAGAAAAGUCGUCCUCCUUGACAUGACCCUCUGACAGUUUUGGCGCUCUCUCGGACAUGGCUGAGAGGCGAUGAAGAAGCAAAACGUUCGGACUUUGUCUCUUAUUGUUUGUACCUUCACGUAUCUCUUGGUCGGAGCCGCUGUAUUUGACGCCCUGGAAUCGCAAAACGAAAGUGACGUCAGGAGAGAGCUGAACAGCGAUGAGAUGAAGCUUAGAUCCAAAUGCAACAUCAGUUCAAACGAUUAUGAAACGCUAAGAAAUAUUAUAUGGAAAGUCCAACCUUAUAAAAAUGGUCGGCAAUGGAAAUUCGAAGGCGCCUUUUAUUUUUCUCUGACUGUCAUAACCACUAUAGGCUACGGACACAGCACCCCGCAGACCGACAGUGGAAAAAUAUUCUGCAUGUGGUAUGCCCUCGUGGGGAUUCCUCUUUGCCUCAUCAUGUUCCAAAGUGUCGGUGAACGCCUCAACACAUUUGUGACGUUUCUUCUCAAACAGAUCAAAAAAUGUUUCAGACUGAAAAAUUGUGAGGUCUCGCAGACAAACCUUAUCAUGGUCGCCUGUAUUUUGUCUUGUUUAUUUCUGACCGCCGGAGCGGGUGUUUUCACUUACUUCGAAGAUUGGUCGUACCUGGACGCCUUCUAUUACUGUUUCAUAACGCUGACUACCAUUGGAUUCGGUGAUUAUGUGGCGCUUCAGAGUAACAACGCCCUGCAGGACAGUCCGCAAUACGUAGCUUUUAGUUUGAUUUUCAUUCUGUUUGGAUUAACUGUCAUUUCUGCAGCAAUGAACCUUUUAGUAUUAAGAUUUUUAACAAUGAAUACGGAGGACGAACAAAGAGACGAACUAGAGGCAGCCGCGGCUGCACAGACUGCCGUGCGAUUGGAGGGUGACGUCAUAACUUCCAAUGGCAAUGUUGUGUCUGGUGCUCAAGAAAACCCGGAAUUGAAUGACGUCACGUCCGUGUGCUCAUGUUCAUGCUACAAUCUGCGGAAACAGAAUAAAAACCGAUACAAAGUUACUCGACUUCCAGGGAAAAUUUCGCAUCUUCUACCGAUGCACAGUGUGAGUUCUGGCAAAGACGAUAAUUUCAUGUCAGACAUUGAGUCCAAUUCAAUUUUACAUUUUCAGAAUAUGAAUUCAAAACGGGCAUCGGUAUAGCUUUAUCACUUUUCAUCAUGUCAUAUCACAGAAAUCCAAGCGGGGGAUUGUUUAUAUAUAUAUUUUUACAUUUGUUAAUCAUAUGAUACUGAUAUAUGUGUGAAAAUUAUCCAGUUGUCAUUAUACCAUGUGUCCAUUCAACCAGAUUCUCUAUUUUUGCAUUGUGACUAUGUUGACCUUAUUAUUUAUAUCAUGAAAUGUGUGAAGAAAAUUAAUGACGUAAUUGGAGAAUGCCGCGAAUGCGUACAUGCCACGCUGACGUGUAAAUGUUUACUGCUCGAUAUUUCUAUAUCUAUUAUAAAAUUAGCGACCGUCUCUUUAUUUAGAUCACUGGAGAAUUAUUACCCUGUCAUUGACCAGGAAGAAUAUCAAUUUUACAUUCGCUGAAGACCCAAGAAAACUUUUAUAAUAUAAAACAACCUUGAAAGCAAAUUCACGAUGCACAAAAUAGGUGAGCUUUAUAUCCGCUUAAUAGGUCUAGUAUGAGGAUUUUCUUUUUGUUGAAAAAAGAAAAAAGAGUUAGUUCUUACAUUAGACCAUGGCCGUGAAAUUACCAUAUUUGCAAGAUUUUCCGUUAGAUUUUAAAAGUUAUACUAAAGUUGUAAGAAAUUUUGUUUGAGUGCAAGGAAAGUUUGUGUUUCACAGCAUUGAGGUUUGUUUAAAACUUUUCUUCCUGUAGAUCAAGUGUACUACCUGUCUCCAGUCAAUAAUACUCCGCGGGUUGUUGUUAAGUUUUGUAAUAUUUUUACUUGUUAUAAUGAGAGAGGAUGAAGCGAACGAACGGUCACGGCAACAAACGGAUGUCUGCGAUUGUAUAUAAGGAUUUUACCUACAAAGAUAAAGAAGCGGUUUCUUCUUCUAAGGUCAAAUUCGUUUGUUUGUUGGUUUGGUUUGUUUUUUUACAUUCAAUUCUUACUCGACAUCAAGCUCUACGUAGAGUUGUCGUUCGUUUUCCCACAGAUCGGUUUACAUUCACUUGGAACACUUGACCGAUUCAAUAUUAUUAGUCCGCGAAAGAAAUUCCUCAAAAUAAACAUGCACUAAUAAUGUUUUGUCAUAGAAUAGCAAGUAAUGCUCAAACCUAAGCAUAGUGUUCAAGUCGAAAGUGGGUUUCAAACACGGCUGUUGUAAAAUUCGAGACGUGUGCGCGCGUGCAUGCAUGCAUAACGAAAGACACAUUUAAAAAAAAUAAUAAAAUGGACUUGAAUUAUUCUUUCCAAUAUCCUGUAUGUACAUUUAUCAAAACCUUUGUACAAUUGAUAUGUAGGAAAAAUAUAUUGAAUUGUCAUUUUUGAUUUACCAGAUGAUAACGCAUACAAUACACUGUCGGGUAAAAUCCCCCAGUAAAUUUUAUCUUCAGAGAUCUAAUAAGUUAAUGUCAGGAGGAAAUCAAUAUAUGGAUCAUUUCUGUAAUGUAGAAUUUUAGUGUAUGUUCGAUUUUCAUUCUAUUCCUAUUACAAUAUCCAGUUUCUUUUUGAAUUGGGUAUUUUGGGGUGUCUUAUUUUUAGCAUUUUUCGCAACGUCUGGCAUCCAAAUGUUGCAAAUAAGCAUACAUUGUAAAUGAUAUGAAAGGAGGGAAAACUGAGCACAACAUUUUAAUAAACAUGUUCAUUCUUCAACGGUUAGACAAUAUCAAUGAGAUGAAAAUUAAGCAUACCACGACUUUGUCUUUAUAAUUCUAUUAUUCCUAAGGUUUUUGAAUUUGAUUCAUAAAUGAACUUGUAGAUGAUUUUAAAACAGAAACAAAAAUUUGAUAUAACUUGACAACACGCUUAAUUUACACAUGUUCUGUAUUUACUAGUUUACAAACAGAAUUGAAAAUUCAAAAGCCUUUAAUCUUAUUUAAGACUUAAGUUCAAAGUUACUGGGUCGUCAAAAACCUGCAAUCGGUUACUGCAGAGGUAACCAACAUGUUUAUGAUAAUCAAAUAUUUGUAUAUAUUUAUUUCUUACAUUUAACAAAACCGCUAUCAUAGAAACACCGGGUUAAUAUUGUAUAAAUGCUAUUCAUUUGUGCAGAAAUUAUUUUAUUGCAUUUGGGGUAACCCCCACUCCCUUGCUGGUAUAGUAUAAGUAAAGGAUUUUGAAAUUUAGUCGUUUGUCUGUGAUUCUUGAUUUAAUUCUUGACAGAUUACUUUUCCAAAGCAAGGUUUAAUAUGUUUCCUUCUUCCAUGACCGUAACAUGUGUGAAAUAAGGGCUGAACAUUUUUCGUAUUUUUUGAAAUCAAAUAAAUUUUAUACACAGUU